AUGAACUCGAGCCAAUCUGCUCUGGUCGAGAGUCUGAUUAUGAGCAAUGCUGAGCGAGGAAUCACCGAGGCUUUGGCAUCGGUGGAGGCAAAUUCGUUUGUUCAGCAGCUUCUUCGCAAUAUCAGGCCAUGCAUUCCAGACCUUACGCAUGUCGGAAUGGAAAGACUGCAUGGAGAGAAUGAGGCUCUUCUUAGCCUGCUUACUUUGUCCUUUGAUACUUUGAGUAAGCAUAAUCUGACCAAGGACUCGACUGGAAGCUAUGACAUGAUGGAGCUCGACGAUGAAUUCGAAUCCCAAAGCAGCCGUGCCAUAACCUUGACUACCGCGAUCUCUCUUCCUCGCUCUGUCCAUCAAGUAUGCCUAAGCCCGCCAUGCUUUGACGCCGAUACUCGUUGUCGACUCAAUUUGAUUGUCGCCUCGCAGCGCGAGGACAGUCAGGUCGGCCUUGUGCCGGACGUCUUCAUCGACGAGUUGGUCAGGAUGUCGGAUGACGAGCUGUUGUCGUGCUACACGCUCUUGGUCGAGCUGUUCCGUUCUGAUAUGGUCACCAGCCCGGAUCGAGCAUUGUCAAUUAUACAGAGGCUAGGAGAGGUCGUUGGUAGCAAUGAAUAUAGGUGCUGCGAAGUGGCCCUUACCACCUGCAUCGAGGUGGUUCACGGGCUGUCUAGCAUGUGGCUCAACGACAGCGGUGAAUUGGCAAACAGUGUUGGCGACUUGUACCACUACUUCAUCCAUACUUGCCUUGAUGCCAACUUCUUCUCGCCGCGAAGCUUGAAAGCACUGUCCGAGUUGCUGUUCACCUUGCUGAAACUUCAGCCAGGUUAUGGUACAAGCCUGAAGCUAGAUUCUUGCCGAACAUCGCUGCUGUCCAUUCUCAGAGAAAGCUCUAUGAACGUCAAAUAUUUUGUAGCGGAAAGAAUUGCUGGGCUCUUUGAGCUGUAUAUUCUCAUGCUGCACGAUGAGGUAUUCGUGGAUGUUCUUGGAAGUCUACCGGCGGAUCCAGAGAGCCAGGCAGGCAUCGCGUGCCGGCUGCUAGUGCUCUCUAACCUGGCACAGAGAUGGCCAACUUUGCUAAGGCGAUGUACAUAUCAUAUUUUCGAGACGCCGGGCAAGAUAUCCUCGGUUUCGGAACACGCACGCCGCUGCAUCGCGGAUAUCUCUCGCUCACUGGGUUUGGCAUCGCCGAAGGAGCUCUUUGGCCUAUUUACUCGGCAGCUUCUAUAUACUUGGAUGGAGAAUGAUUCGGUAGAGGAUAUUCCAUACGCGAUUUUUGGGUUCGAGUCUCUAGGCGAACUCUUGACGACUGCGCAGUCUGAUGCCGUUGGGCUGUCAACCAUGAGGGGCCAGGAUAGCGUUCGGACCGAAAUUGCAAGACAGAUUGGCAAGACAGAAGUCGAGCUGCUGCAGGCCAACUUCGCCGCAAGCAUCAGCUACAGUACAGUCUUUACCGCUGCAUUUGAACCGUUAAGCAAAGACAACGGCGAGGCUAAGAUAAAGAAGAAGAUGGGAAACAAACUGUUUACGGAAAGUAUAUACAUCAAUUUCGUGGACAUUGCCGCUUUUUUCUUCGACAUCAUCGACCAAGAAGACGCCGUGGAGAAAGUCUUUGCAAGAAGUGAAGAGCUUGCAUACGCUGCUAAAAUUUACAAGGGAAUUACCGGAAUAGCGCGAUCGGAUACAAAACUGCCCCCCAACCAACAACCGAUGUUCAGAUCAAAGUACGUCAUUCAUGAGCUAGCUCGUCUGUGUCAGGGCACGGAGUUCUUGUUUAACGAACUAUGGACUCCUGCAUUGGUCGUUUCUAUCGCCAGGAAGCUCUUCAACACGGUUCAUCCAGCCUUGGGGUCGCUGCAUGCUUGCUCUGUCUUGAGAAAAGUGCGAAUUUUGAUCUGCCUGGCAGGACCGGUGGCACUCGAAUCAUACUGUUUGGAGAUGUUGCUGAAUUCCGUGCGAACAUUUAUCACGGACUCGGAGUGUGCUGAUGAUGCUCUGGGAAUCAGCCAGUAUUUACUGGAAAAGGGAGCCUCUUAUCUUCAAGAAACACCCUCCUUCUUGGCGGGCUAUUCUUUAUCGACCCUGGCUUCUCUUCGAGUUUUUCUCGAAUCCAGUCAGUCAAGCACCACCCAGGAAAGCCAAUUUAAAGCCACGAUGAGUAAAGCCACAAAGUUCCACGAAUGGCUGGCGGGUUAUUUGGAUAGCUACACAUCAACGGCGUUUAGGAAUGAAUCGCAGAAGGCGUCAUUCAAGUCCAUCACAAGCUCGGCCGCUCGCAUUCGGUCAUCAGGCAACGCGGAGCAGAGUACCUUUGAAAGCAAGUUGCUGCUCGAUAUCUUGCAAGAUGGCAAUGCAAAGCAUGAGCUACUCAAUGAACCAUCCCGAGAGCUGGCGAUGGGACUAUUAUGUGGCGAUUUCACCGUACCCGAGCAUGCAAGCAAUGAUAUCAUCAGCUCAGACAGCGAUGCCGUACAGCAUGCAAGUGCCGUGUGGAAGAGCUGUAAUACAAAAGAUCUGAGUGAGAACUAUUUAUCGUGGGCAGGAAGAGUGGUUGGAAGAGCCUUUGCUGCUUCUGGAGACAUUCCAGAGGGUAUUGUUGCCGAGUCCGAGGUGGCAACAUAUGGCAAAAUUGCUCCUGGGCCAAACGGCUCGGAGAUGGGUCUAUUAAGCCUUCUUCAGAGUCUUACCUCCAACAGUGACACCUUGACAGCAGGUCUCGCCGAAUCUGUCUUGAGAGCCGCUAUAUCGAAAGCAAUGCUGCGAGAGGACGAGCCGCUUCUCAUUGCCUGUCAGCGGAGCUUGGCAGAGCCUGUGUACCUUACUUCGCAAUGGUCACUCUACCGUUCCCCACCCUCCGAGAAUCAGCAGGCACAGCCAAGUCAGGACGAGCAAUCAAUCUGGGACAGUAAUAUCACUUCGGAGUCUUGGCUCUCUGAUCUCAGCAUUUUAAUGGCGAACUCAGUUCCAGAUUCAGUCUUGCUCUCGGUACUGUCUCCUGUUUUGGCAAAGGUCAAAGGGUUUGCUGAAAAGGCAUUUCCGUUCAUUGUCCACCUGGUUCUCAUGUUCCAACUCGAGCAGCAGCAAUUUAUGAAGCGCUGCCUUUCCGCAGCACUUAAAACUUGGCUACAACCCAAUGUUUUCUCAGCGCGACCCAAAAUUGCGCUCUUGAUCAACACGCUGCUGUACCUUCGGACACAGGAGUACCCGAAGGAGGGCUCAAUAGGUGAUCGGCUACAUUGGCUGGAAAUCGACUACUCAACAGCAGCAACCGCCGCAACACACUGCGGUAUGUACAAAACCGCGCUCUUAUUCGCCGAGCUGGCGUCUAUUGAAACUGGCCGGCAAUCUAGACGUGCAUCUGCGGCCCGUGAGGUGGAUCUUAGCUCGACACUCUUGUCUAUUUUUGAGAAUAUUGAUGACCCUGAUGCAUACUAUGGUCUAUCUGAAGAGGCUAGCUUAUCAAAUGUUCUCUCGCGAAUUACAUAUGAAAACGACGGAAUGAAGAGCGUUGCUUUUCUUGGUGCGCAAUUUGACAGCGACAGUCGUCAGCGGAAUGGCUCCAGUACAGUCGAUGUACAAGCUCUUGUUGGCGCCUUGAGCACAAUCGGCCUAUCUGGCCUGUCUCAUUCUCUUCAGCAGACGCACCAAACAGUUGAUACGUCGCCCGCUGCUACAGAAAACACAUUUAAAGCCGCGCAGAGGUUGGAAAUGUGGAAUCUGCCGGCACCAAAAGACAGCGAGAGCUUUGCAGUUACAACUUACAAGGCAUACCAAGCUAUACACAACGCGACAGAGGUUGCCUCCGUCAGAAACGUUGUGUACGAAGGUUUCGCCAAGACGAUAGGCAGUGCCACUGGAACUAAUCGGCCCACCAUUGCCAUGCUCAGGAACAAACUUGGUGCCCUUGCUGCGUUGAGCGAACUGGACGACUUGAUGCAUGUUUCGCGCAGCGAUGAUUUGAAUGAUGCGCUUGGUGUGUUGCAGUUUCGUGGCGAUUGGAUGAAGCGUGGACGGUACGACGACGUGAGCAAUAUUCUGUCAUGUCGAGGUACGACGAUGAGUAUGCUGAGCCAACACUCCAACAUUCUUCACGAGGCAAGCUUAUCAACCGCUGUGAUGCGAAAAGCGGAGGUGGAGUCCCUGUUGAUGUCCUCUGCAUUGUAUCGAUUCCACGAAGCCAAGCAAGAAUCCCUCAAUAUCGCCACGUCACUCUCCAAACUCAUUCCUACUUGCCGAAGCCUGGACUUGCAUGUCGAUGCAUCCGUCAAUGUCGAGGUAGCCAACUCACUCUGGGAUCAGGGAGAAAUGAGUACUGCUAUUCAAAUGCUUCAGGCCAUCGACAGGGACUCAGUUCUGAACAAACAGGCGAUUCCAGUUACCAAAGCAGACUUGCUUGCAAAAAUUGGCGACAGAAUGUCUGUUGCUAGACGAGAGAAGCCUCGUGAUAUCCAAAAGAAAUAUUUAGAGCCGGCCUUGAAGGAGAUUGGCAGCACGAACUACGGGACGGAAGCUGGCUUGGUGUUCCAUCAGUUUGCACUUUUCUGUGACGGGCAGCUUCAAGACGCCGAUGGACUGGAGGAUCUGGAAAGACUUCAAAACUUGCGAAAAGCGAAGAGCGACGAGGUUUCCGAUCUGAAAGAACUGAUUGCCUCCACGAAAGAAAGCCAGCUACGGAAACGAUACGACUACGUCCUGGCCAAGGAGAAGCAAUGGCUGGAACUGGACGAACAAGAACUUCGCCGUGUUGAGCAAACAAGAGGCGAAUUUGUUCGUUUGAGUGUCGAAAACUAUCUACUCUCACUUAUAGCUUCUGAUGCCCAUAACAACGACGCACUGCGCUUCACAGCAUUGUGGCUAGAGCGCUCAGGAGAGGAGGGGACGAACAACGCCGUCGCUCGCUAUCUUUCCAAGGUUCCGACACGCAAGUUUGCGAACCUUAUGAACCAGCUCACAUCGAGACUGCAAUACACAGACAGCAAGUUCCAGAAGCUGUUGCUUGAGUUGGUCUAUAAUAUCUGCGUCGACCAUCCAUACCAUGGCAUGUAUCAAAUAUGGUCCGGCACAAAGGUUCGAGUACAAUCCAAGGAUGAAGUGGCCGUCCAGCGAGUCAAGGCCACAGAAAAAGUUGCGCAGCGGCUCGCAGCAACGAAGCCUGUCGCCAAUAUAUGGCUGUCCAUUGAAAAGACGAGCAAGUAUUACCACGGCUUGGCAGUGGACAGAGACACCAACAAGUACAAGGCGGGAGCGAAAUUUCCCCUGAAGGACUCGCAGGCUGGUUUGAACUUGGUAAUAGGGUUGGCUAAAUACCAUAUUCCACCGCCGACUAUGCAUGUCGAAAUUCGCAUUAGCAAAGACUACUCGACGGUUCCGACAAUUGCGAAGCUGGAACCGACCAUGACCAUCGCGGGCGGAGUCAGUGCGCCGAAAAUCAUCACUGCUAUCGGCACCGACGGCAAAAAGUACAAGCAGCUCGUCAAAGGAGGCCAUGAUGAUCUUCGCCAAGACGCCAUCAUGGAGCAAGUGUUUGCCGCGGUUUCCUCUCUGCUAAAGUAUCACCGCUCUGCACAGCAGCGCAACCUUGGUAUCCGGACGUAUAAGGUUCUGCCGCUGACUGCUUCGUCUGGCCUCAUUGAGUUUGUCCCGAACACGAUCCCGCUACAUGAAUUCCUCAUGCCUGCGCAUGAGAGAUACUAUCCGAAGGAUUUGAAGGGCUCACAUUGUCGUAAGGAGAUUUUCAACGUUCAAAAUAGGAACAUUGAUACGCGCAUUAGCACCUAUCGGAAGGUGACGGAUCGUUUCCACCCCGUUAUGAAGUAUUUCUUUAUGGAAUAUUUCGAGGAUCCAGACGAAUGGUACGCGAAACGUCUGGCCUACACCAGAACAACUGCAGCGAUCUCCAUGCUUGGCCACGUUCUCGGCCUCGGCGAUCGGCACGGCCACAAUAUUUUGCUCGAUACCAAGACAGGCGAGGUCGUCCACAUUGAUCUAGGUGUGGCAUUUGAAGCUGGCCGUAUCCUGCCCGUCCCUGAAUUGGUCCCGUUCCGCCUGACCAGAGACAUUAUCGACGGAAUGGGCAUCAGCAAGACGGAGGGCGUUUUUCGGCGCUGCUGCGAAUUCACUCUCGACGCGCUGCGCGAGGAGCAGUACUCCAUCAUGACGAUUUUGGACGUGCUGCGCUAUGAUCCACUGUAUACGUGGUCUAUCUCGCCGCUGCGGCUGGCGAAGCUGCAGAAGGCGAGAGAAAAAGAUGAAAACGCACCAUUGGUAGACGAUGCGGACGACCCGGACGAUAAGAAGAAUAAGGAAAACGGGCGCAACAAACGCAACGGCGGCACCGAGCAAAAGAACGUUAAUGAGCCGUCGGAAGCUGACCGUGCCUUGGAGGUGGUUAGGAAGAAGCUCUCCAAGGCACUCAGCGUGACAGCAACAGUCAACGACUUAAUCAAUCAGGCCACGGACGAGAGGAACUUGGCUGUAUUAUACUCUGGCUGGGCAGCAUAUGCUUAG